AUGAUUUUCCGCAUUUUGAUUAUUCUCCUGCUGUCCACAGCAGCCUUCCAAUGUCAACAGCUUCCAUCGCCAUCCGUACAGGGCAUAAAUCCCACCUUGGACGCUUUCAGCACACUGGCCCCCAUCAUGGACACAGUAGUUAAUCUCGCUCGCCUGGCAGAUGACUUGUUGGGAUCCAUGAGCUAUCAUCGAGCGCUUGGAAAAGAGGAAUCGAAUCUCCCCACGGCGUCCAAGACUUAUACCUACAGCAACACAUCAGACGUGUACCAAGAAGCUGUGAUGUACGCUCAAUUAUGUGCUGCCUCUAAUUGCAAGGCAAGCUAUGACAAGUGGGAUUGCGGAAAGUACUGUAACUCGACUGUGCCUGACGGUGUGGUGAUUCGUGCAUUUGCCACACAUCCUUUAGGUGUACAUGGAUACGUGCUUCGAUCUCAAAAAGAGAAAAAGCUGUAUGUCAUGCUCAGAACAGAUUCAUCCAUCCGCGACAAGAUUUUGAACCUGCAGCGAAAACUCGUACCUCAUCCUCGAAUUCCUGGCGCAAAGGUACAGCUUGGUUUGCUUAGUUCCAUGAUCAAUAUAAGAGAUAUUGUAUACCGCACCAUCAGAGAUCAAUUGAAACUGCAUCCGGAUUAUCAAGUCAGAGUCGCAGGUCAUUCCUAUGGUGCAGGCAUCGGUUCCUUAUUGACAGUUGAUUUAGCGCAACGUCUUCCACAGCUAAAUAGUACGAAUCUUGCUGCUUAUCUAUUAGGUAAACCUCGAGUAGGCAAUCAGGCGUAUGCAACCUAUGUAGCUGAAAAAAAAAUUACAAUCAAGCGUUUUGUUCAAGUAGCAGAUGAUCUUUCGCAUUUACCGAGCAUUGCUGAUGGAUACGCUCAUGAGGGCGACGAAUACUGGCUAAGUUCUAACAAGACACAACAAAUAGUGGUUUGCCCUGGACCUUAUGAGACAAAGAGUUGCUCGAGCAGUCUGAGCUAUGGAGAGGCAGAUGAUCAUUACACCUAUUUCGGCAUAUCUCAAACUUGUGAAGAUAAUAUAUACAAUGUAUACUGA